UAAGCGACCUUGAAUUGGUGAUAAUAGUGUUAAACGGUGGCUCAUAAUUGCACUGUUUUCACGAAAUGAAUAACAAAUGAUAAUAAAAAAGUCGAACAAACUUUCGCAAACAAAGCAGCUUAAUUCUGUAUAACGAUGGUUUAAACUUGAAUUCUAGUAAACCAAAUUGUCUGAAAUUUGUCACAUGCUUGAUGGAUUUGGUACGUAGUAUGGAUAAUUAUAGCAACUUGAUGCCAAUGACAAGUGUCCCUUCUUUGUUAUUCUAUGGACAGCUUUAUUAAGAUUAAAAUUGCUUCUCUUUACAUGUCUAUUACGUAAUUAUAAUUUCGUUGGCUUCCCCCCAUUCCUGUUUGGUUCAAGCUUCAAGGAUAGUACUGAAUAGUGGUACCAUUGGUGCGACUUUCGACUGAUUGCCACGGGUUUGGUCCAGUUGUAAAAUCAGUCAAUUAAUCAGUACUUAAAGCUUGACAAAGUCCAGAUACAUAAUAAUUAUAAUUAUCUCAACAAUCAACCAACUAUUAAUUGCAAGGUGAAGGCAUGAUGUUAGCUUUGUUUUAUAGACCUUGGGAAUAACCACGAUUGGAUCUUGGUUGUUCCAGUUGUUGGAGUUAAGCGUAACUGUGAUGUGGUUAUUCCAAGAAGACUUAAGUCAAUAUGCCUCGUCACACGUUUCGCAGCCUGAUCAUCAACGUAGAAGUCCCACUUUUCUGUUGGUUCUUCGCCUUCAUGUUUUCCGACCCAAUCAAAUCCAACUUAAUCAUCUUCCGAACGUGCUACCUCACCCUGGGUUACAGUAAAGCCGAAUGUGCAUUACUGGGAAGCCAAAAUCCUGAUGACCAAACCGCCAAUUUAGAAAAAGUUGUACAACCCUUUGCAGCGGUCACCGGCAUGAUGAACACAGUAGUCGAAGGCUUUUGUUCGUCAAUCGUGUGUUUGUUUGUGGGACCGUGGUCAGAUCGUUUUGGUCGGAAACCUAUCAUUGUAGCGCCUUUGAUAGGGUACUUUUUGUAUUUCGUACUCACGACGAUAUUUUCUCUUGUUGAAACGGCAUCGCCUUGGUACUCUGUGAUUUGUACCCUACCUGUUGGUCUCAGUGGAGGCAUACCGUCAUUACUUGCAGCUAUACUGUGCCACGUCACUGAUUCCACAAGCCAGGAGAAUAGAGGAAUGAAGAUGGGCGUUAUAGAGUGUACCAUAUUUUUAGGAAUUGUUCUAGGAACAGUGUCAAGUUCUUAUAUUUUUACAUUCACGAGUUAUGAAGUUGUUUUUUCUCUAGGAGCAAUCUGUUGUUUAGUUGGUUUCAUUUUUACCAUCUAUUGUAUCCCAGAAUCUAUAGCAAAUCAAGAAUCUGAAGGUAAAAUCAAAGAGCUGUUCCGUGUGUCCAACAUCAACGAAAUGGUGACCACUACGUUCAAAAAAAGGGACAACUACGUGCGAUUCACCGUUCUGUGUUGCAUCCUAAUGACUACACUCUCAACCAUAACCGUGACUGGAGGCGGUUCAGUCAUGUUUCUCUUCCUGAGAGAACAGUUCCACUGGUCCUUACAGAACUACACCUUGUUUGCUGCAGCUGGAAGUGUAUGUCAGAUUUUAGGCACCAUAAGUGCCGUGUAUGUUCUACACAAAGUGCUAAAAAUUCCCGAAACUGUGUUAAUACUAGUCGCUUUGUUGUCAUCACUGAAUGGUGCUUUGAUGAUGGGUUUGGCGCACAGUUACUGGACUGUGUACUUUGUCCCUCUUGCCAAAUUAUUGGACGGUAUUUUUGGACCGAUGGUGCGUUCGCUGGUUUCUAAAGUACUACCGAACGAAGAAAUCGGAAAAGUGUUUGCGUCACUCACGGCCUGUCAGUUCUUUCUUGGAAUAGUAGGUUCUCCGCUUUACACGCUUAUUUAUAACGACACGAUUAGUACGAGUCCCGGGUUUUUCAAUUUUGUGACGGCUGGGAUUUAUAUUUUUGAAAUAUGUGUUGUGAUUGGUGUCAUUGUCGUAAGGACUGUGGCGACUAAAAGUCCUUUCGAGGUUUUAAUUAACGAGAGUGUGGAAGAUGUACAUCUUGACGAUGAAGUGGAUUGUUGAAGUGGGAAAUGCUGAGCAAUAACGUUCUGUGCACGAAUUUCUUUUUUUUUGUAUAAAAUUGAUUUUUUUUAAGACUGUCUUUCAUUACGUGUAUUUUUAUGAAUAAUAAUAUGUUACGUAAU